AUGUUUGUCACCAGUAGUUUUGAUGGUUCAUCCUCACUGAAUCUGCCAUCCCUGACUGAAUGCAAUCAGAUCCCAAAUAUGAGAGAUGAGAUCCCAACGCCAGACAGCGCACUUUACCAUUCACAUCUAGAAGACAUUUCGGCUCAUAUACCCGAAGUCGAUCCAUCAGCAGAGAUUUUGCUUCUAUUGGGGAGGGACUUGCCAGAGGCCCACCACGUACUUGAACAGAGGACUGGUCCGAGAGGUUCACCGUAUGCACAGAAGUUAAGUCUAGGCUGGGUUGUGAUUGGCGAGACAUGUCUAGGCAAGGUUCAUCAGCCGACCAUCACUGUGAAGAAGACAUUCGUACACGUAGACGGGAGAAGUUCUGUGUUUCCAGAGUGCCAAAAUAAGCUGAUAGUCAAAAACGUUGGUAGACAUUUGAAUGACAACUUGGACAGCGAUGAGGAAUCACAAGUAUUCCUAGUGACUGAUAGAGAUGAGAAAAUAGGCACGUCUAUCGAAGAUAAGGAAUUUCUAGGAAUCAUGGACAGAGGGUUCAAGAAAAACAGUAAAGGCAGUUGGACUGCACCAUUGCCAUUCAAAUCUUCUAGACCAAGGUUGCCAAACAAUAGGAACAUGGUGCUGAACAGAAUGAACCGCUUGGUUGACAAUUUGAGAAAGAAUGAAAUAAAGCAACGUCAUUUUAUGCAGUUUAUGCAGGGAAUGAUAGACAAUGGCCAUGCUGAAGUAGCAGCUCCAGUAAUGUCGGACACUGAAUGCUGGUAUCUACCUAUAUUUGGUAUAUACCACCCUAAGAAAGUUGAUCAGAUUCGAGUGGUCUUUGACUCUUCAGCCACAUAUAUGGGUCUAUCACUGAACAGAGUGCUAAUGACUGGACCAGACUUACAUAAUAGCUUGCUUGGUGUCCUUAUGAGAUUAAGAAGAGAGCCCGUUGCAGUUUCUGCCGACAUCCCACAGAUGUUCUACCAAUUCCAUGUUGAAGAGAAGGACCGUAACUACCUGAGGUUCUUUUGGUUCAAGGACAACAACCCUGAGUUGCCACUAGUAGAAUACAGAAUGUGUGUGCACGUGUUCGGGAACAGCCCGUCUCCUGCAAUAGCUACUUACGGGCUUCACAAGAGUGUAGUGAUGGUGGAAGACACAUACGGGUCAGAUGUGGCUAAUUUUGUACUACAAGAUUUCUACGUUGAUGACGGUCUUGUUUCACUGCAGACUCCACAAGAGGCGAUAGCCUUGAUGAAACGGACUCAACAGGCACUGGAUACUGGUGGAAAGUUGAAGCUACACAAGAUAUCAUCAAACAGCAGAGAGGUCAUGAAGGCUUUCCCGAAAGAAGAUCUGGCGAAAGAUCUAAAAAAUCUAGACUUGGGACAUGAGAAUCUCCCUGUACAGAGAAGUCUUGGAAUGAACUGGAACCUAGAUUCUGAUUAUUUCACGUUCACAAUUUCUGAAGAAAUCAAGCCAUGCACAAGACGCGGUAUUUUGUCUACACUGAACAGUCUUUUUGACCCUCUGGGAUUUAUCUCCCCUGUCGUAGUCCAUGGACGGAUCAUCAUGAGGGACCUGAUGUCGAAAUCUCCAGACUGGGAUGAGCCAUUGCCAGUCGACACUAGGGAUAAAUGGGUAAAAUGGUGCGAAUCAAUAAAACAUCUUGAGGACUUGAAAGUCCCACGAACUUACCUUGAAGGGUCACUUAGUGCUACAGUUGACCAACAGAUUCACAUAUUUUCGGAUGCAUCCGAGAAAGCAAUAGCUGCUGUCGCCUACCUUAAGACAAUAGAUGCAAAUGGAGACACGAGUGUUGGCUUCAUCAUAGGAAAAUCUAAGGUUUCACCCAAACACGGACAUACAAUUCCAAGGUUAGAGUUGUGUGCAGCGGUAUUAGCUGUAGAAUUAGCGGACAUCAUUUGUGAACACUUACACAUGCCAGUUGGACAAAUGAGAUUUUACACAGACAGUAGAGUGGUACUCGGAUACCUCCAUAACCGUGUGAGACGGUUCUAUGUGUACGUAGAAAACCGUGUCAGUAGAAUUCUAAAACUCUCGAGACCUGAUCAGUGGUGUUUGUGCCUACUAAAGAAAACCCGGCGGACCUGGGUACGAGACCCACACCGGCAGAAACACUUUAAGACAGCAUUUGGCUUUGCGGACCAAGUUUUCUUCUCACCGAGACACGCGACACAGAAGACAUGUACCAGCUUCACUCUCCAGCAGACGACCCAGAGAUACGUCCAGUCAUACAGUGCAUAA